AUGAAGCCCAUGUUCGCGUUGCAGACCCUCCUGGGCCUUGUUGCGGCCUUCCCUACUUCGUCAGAAGGCAAUAAUGGCAUCGAGAAGCGCCAAGCCACUCUUACCAGGUGGUGUAGCCCGACGACAAGCCUCUGCUACAACCAGUACACGACUCAAGGCGGGUCUGCUUUUAGAAUAGCGAUUGCCGAUACCUCGACGGGAGGAGACUUCGACAUUGCUAUCCAGCUCAUCGCUCCAGUCGGUCAGGGAUGGGUAGGGCUUUCAUGGGGUGGAGGCAUGUCCCAGGCGCCCUUGACUGUCGCCUGGCCCAACGGGCAGGAUGUUACCCUUUCUUCUCGAUGGGCAAAUGCUCAUACCACGCCAACCGUAUACAACGACGCAAGCUACGUCAUCCUUUCCGAUACGGGCGUCAACGGCACGCACUACACCCUGAGCGCCAUCUGCAAGGGUUGCAGCACUUGGGUUCGCCCCUCCGGCACGCGCACGCUUUCCCCCAGCGGCGGCGUCCGUCUCGCCUGGGCCCAGAAUACCCAGGCCGCCUCUGUCGCGCAGCGCGCCAACCCGGCGUCCAACUUCGAAUAUCACCAGUACCUUGGAUACUUUGACGCGAGCUUCCAGGACUCCAAGGUCCCUGCGGCCCAGUUUUCGUCCGCUGCAGCCAUGACGAAGGUUGGUGGCACCGCACCCGCCGCGACGCCCAAUCCCGCCGUUCAACAACCUGUCCAGCCCCAACCCGCCCAACCCGCACAGCCUGCUCAGCCGGUUUUUCCUGGCUUCGGCUGGCCGUUCAAUCCUUGA